GUGUCGGAGUGCCCUGAAGAAGUGCAGGAGAAGCUGCGAGGGCAGCUGCAGGGCCUGGGUCUCUCGGGAGAAGGCGAUCCAUGUCUUUGGAAGGGCAUUCGGUGCUGGGAAUGCGAGGUGACGCAAAUUCGGAGCGAGGAGGCCACAGGAGAUUUGAGUUCCGUCAAGGAGAUGACGCAUCUGCGAGUUCUGCGGCUUAGGGGCCGAGUCACGGGCAACGUCUCUGAGCUGGCGAAGCUGAAUCUCGUUCGCCUUGACCUUUCACAGACAGAGGUCAUGGGCGAUCUCGCAGAGCUGUCGAAGCUCACGGCUCUCCGAGGGCUUCUACUUCCCCACACCCAGGUGUCGGGCAACGUCGCGGAGCUAUCGAAGCUGAAUCUCGUUCGCCUUGACCUUUCACAGACAGAGGUCAUGGGCGAUCUCGCAGAGCUGUCGAAGCUCACGGCUCUCCGACAGCUUCUACUUCCCCACACCCAGGUGUCAGGCAACGUCGCGGAGGUCUCAAAGCUGAAAAAACUCGUGCACCUUGACCUUGCACGGACUCAGGUGGCGGGUGAUGUAUCGAUGCUAUCGAACAUGACUAAGCUCUUUGACCUUUCCCUUGCACAGUCUCGAGUCCAUGGGGAUUUCGGCGUCAUCAGCAGCAUGCCCAACCUGGAGAAGGCCGACUUGUCCAGCACCGCGGUGUCUGGGAACCUGAAUUACUUGCGGUCGGGUUGCUGCGAAGAGCUCCGGGAACUGCACCUUGGAGUGCCAGCCUCGGAACUGCAGCAGUGUUUCUUCUACGUGGUUGUGGAAAAGUGUGGCUGCACAGAUACACAGGUGCGGAUUUCUGGUCGUAGUCCAGUGUCGCUCCCAGCUUUGCAAUCCCUCAAUGUGAGUGGUUGCAACCUGAACGUCAGCUUCAUCGACCUGGUCGUUCCUCUGCUUUCGAAUCCAAUCACAAUCCUCCUUGCCAGGGGAUGUGGAAUCACGGGCGAGGUGAAAUCCCCCUGGCUCGCGUCUGCUUCUUUGUGGUACUCUCUGCAGCUCUUCGAUCUCUCGGGGAAUCGCUUGGAUGCGGUGCAUGCCUGGCCGGCGAAGUUGAGGCUGGAUGUCUCUCACAAUGAGAUCCCGUUGCGCGUGAGCCGGGACGUCAUCAAAUCUGCGGCCAAGUCUGGGACGGACCUCUGGAUGAUGAACACAGAACUGGCAAAUAAGGAGGACAUCAUGUCGAAUUGCUCCAACGAGCUGCAAAUGGAGGAGAUGUGGAUCUCAAGGGAGACCGGUGGAUACUGGUGCCAUGACCUCAUACAACCCAACUUUCGUGUCACGCCAGAGCGCUUCUUGCCUCAGCUCAUGUGUGCGUGUGGCCCAGGCCACUUUGGUGCCGGCACCAACUGCUCAGCAUGUCCGGAAGACACUUUCAACGACCAGAUGGAUCAAAGGAAGUGUCAAGCCUGCCCUGAGGGCGGCAAGGCUCCAGCUGGAUCUCAGGCCCUUUCGGCCUGCGAGUGCCCCUUUGGCGCCCCUCGUAUUUUCGAGAACCAGACCAUGUGCCUAUGCGACCGCAGUGAAGCGCUCACUGACGCGCAAAAAUGCGUCUCUUGCAGCGAGAAUCAUGUGGUUUGCAGUCCUGGUGCAGAUCGUCUGGCUACAGCGCCUUUGAAAGACGGGUACAUUCGCUUGAAGGAGCCAUCGGAAGAGAUUUUCAAAUGCCUUGAUCCUAAACAUUGCAGGCGCACUGGCCCGCCUUCGCUUUGCACAGCUUGCUCCCCACAGUACCGAGAAAGCAACAAGAUCUGCGUUGAAUGCAAGAGCGUUUCAUCGCAGCAGAAAUUUUCAGUCGGUUUGGGCUGCACUGCGACCCUGGUGAUAAUGGCUGCCAUAGCAUGGACCCUGAGGCGCCACGCGCCACAGCGGAGCCCUCGCAGCGAGUGCCUGCUGCAGCUGAUCACGGCGCAGCUGAUGGCUUUGCUGCAGCUGGCGCAGCUCUGGACGGUGCUCGGCGGCUUGACGCCUGUGGACCCAGCGGCAACGGUCGCAGACGCGGCAAACGUCACAGACGCGGAUGACGGUGAUGCACUGCUUGGAUACUUGGAAGCCUUACAAUUCACCACCUCCGAAGUGCAAAACUUCCUGGCUCUGCAGUGUCUUUAUGACGGCGCCACCGUUCGUUCGAUGUUUGCCAUUGCUACGCCCCUGGUUCCUUUGCUGCUGCUGAUUGCUUGUGGCUGCUUGGAGGUUUUCUCGCGCGGAUUGGGCAUCCGCGUUGGGCUGAAGAUGCUCACGGUGCUUUUCAUUGGUGGUGCCUCUGGCAGCGCGCAGCUUUUGGGCUGCCAGCGAACAGAUGGUGCAGGCACACCAUUGAAAGAGUUUGCCUUCCGCCCACUUUUUCCACACGAACGGUGCGACGAAGCUCUGUGGGUGGAUAGGAUCGGCUGGGCCACCGCUAUUUGCUACGGCCUCGUCAUCCCCUGCUUCCUGGGAUUUCUGUUUGCCAAGCAAAAUGUCGUCAUGCGAAAGGUGAAGACAGCGGUUAUGCACACUACAUGCGACGAUGGAAAGGUUAGGGUGUGGCUGCAAGGCCUUGAAAGCAAGCAAUCCUUCAAGGACCGGGUUUGUGCAAAAGUUGCAGAUGUUUGUUCUUUUCCUCCACAGAAAGGAUUGCUAGGCAAGCCACAGGCAACAAGAUGCCACGAGUACAUCAGUAUGACAUACAACACAGCAAGAAAACAUGGCAACCCCAUCGUGAAACAAGUGCCAGUCAAACGCAAUUUGUCCAGGAAUGAUGUAAUGCAUCCACUUCUCAUGCGACCAACUGUGCAGUCCAGGAUGCCAUGCUAUCCAAGCGCUUAG